AUAUAUAUAUAUAUAUAUAUAUAUAUAUAUAUAUGAUGGUAAAGCUAGCAUCUUUAGCCACUGCGUUUGCACUUCUCUCUACAGUUGAGCGUAAUGCUGAAUAUUGAGUCAUCUGCUUGAAAUCUAGAACAUGGGAAUUUUAUAGAUCAAGAAAUUAUUUUUUUUCGACUAGACCGAGAGGAAUUCGGAGCACGAUAAUGGAAAUAAUGCAAGAAAAUGAAGCAAGAACGCCAGGCUUGGAAAGGAGAAGAGAAGGAAAUAGUAAUAAUAAUUAUAAUAAUACAAAGGUGAACAGUUUCAAUCAAACCCUAGAUCAACUAGGAAGAUCUCCAAACCCAGAUCGAGUUACUGUCAGCAGUUCAACAAUUGCGCCGAUCUCCAUUAGAUCAAACUCAAAAACUUCCGAGGUAAGGUAUCGAGAAUGCCUUAAGAACCACGCAGCUAGUGUUGGUGGUAACGUUUUCGAUGGGUGCGGUGAGUUCAUGCCUAGUGGAGAAGAAGGCACCAUUGAAGCCUUGAAAUGUGCUGCUUGCGACUGCCACCGAAACUUUCACCGGAAAGAGGUGGACGGUGAGACCCAGUUCAGUGGAAAUUGCGGUAGAAGAACUAUAAUGCUUCCUCCACUUCAAAUUCCUCCACCAUUGCCAUCUCUAACGAUGCUGCGUCGUCAGAAAUAUUCCAUAGGUAUGUAUCCCAGUCCAUCAGGCGCAAUUGUUGCACCAAUGAAUGUGGUUUAUGGAGGUCUUAGUGGUGGCACUGAAUCUUCAAGUGAAGAUCUUCCUGUGUUUCAGUCUAAUGCUUACGAAGGAGUUCAACCACCACCUCCUCCUCCUCCUUUUGUUUUGUUCAAGAAGAGGAAUAGGACAAAAUUCACGCAGGAGCAGAAAGAUAAGAUGAUGGAAUUUGCUGAGAAAGUGGGAUGGAGGUUACAGAGGCAAGAUGAUGAAGAAGUGGAGAAAUUUUGUGCUGAAGUUGGUGUGAAGAGGCAGGUUUUCAAGGUCUGGAUGCACAAUAAUAAGAAUAAUGUCAAGAAGCAACAACAAGAGCCAGUGUAACACACCAGAUUCAGGAUUCAGGUGAGUCUCAAGGUCAUAUUUCAGCCUAUUAGCAAAGGGAUUAUCAAAUGGAUAUAACAGUGAUUUGUAUAACUACACAUUAUAAUCCUUGUUUAUCUUUUUAAAUCGCUAUCUUCCACAUUAAUUGUUCUAAACAAAAUCUUGUGUUAGUUUCCCUUUUGAGCUAUAUAGCUUGUGUUUUUUUCUC